GGGGCGGGGCCGAGCGACUGCGGUCUCGGGGUCAAGAAUGGCAGCUGCGUCAGCCUCAGUUCUCCACCGCUGUAUCGUGUUACCGGCCGGGAGGCACAGCGCCUCUCUGAUCUUCCUGCAUGGCUCAGGUGAUUCUGGACAAGGAUUGAGGCAGUGGAUCAAGCAAGUUUUAAGUCAAGAUUUAAGAUUCCAACACAUAAAAAUUAUUUAUCCAACAGCUCCUCCCAGGCCAUAUACUCCUAUGAAAGGAGGAAUCUCCAAUGUAUGGUUUGACAGAUUUAAAAUAUCGAAUGACUGCCCAGAGCACCUCGAAUCAAUUGAUGUAAUGUGUCAAGUGCUUACUGAUUUGAUUGAUGAUGAAGUAAAAAGUGGCAUCAAGAAGAACAGGAUUUUAAUAGGAGGAUUUUCUAUGGGAGGAUGUAUGGCAAUGCAUUUGGCAUAUAGAAAUCAUCGAGAUGUGGCAGGAGUAUUUGCUCUUUCUAGUUUUCUGAAUAAAGCUUCUGCUGUUUACCAGGCACUUCAGAAAAGUGAUGGUGUACUUCCUGAAUUAUUUCAGUGUCAUGGUACUGCAGAUGAGUUAGUUCUUCAUUCUUGGGGUGAAGAGACAAAUUCUAUGUUAAAAUCUCUAGGAGUAAACACAAAGUUUCACAGUAUUCCAGAUAUUUACCAUGAGUUAAGCAAAAUCGAGCUAGAAAAACUGAAGUCAUGGAUUCUUACAAAGCUACCAGGAAAAAUGGAAAUACAAGAUGAAUGAUUAAAGAUUGAUUUAUUAAUAUGCAUGUAAUAUCUUAGCGAAAAGUGAUUUUUACUGCCAAAUUGCAAUGAUAAUUAAAAUAUUAAAAAAUAACAA